CCACUUCUUUCGAAAGACCAUUAUCUGCGGCCACGUCAGAAUGGCCACCACUGAGGAAGCGCCUUCAGUAUCCGAUCUACUUGAAAAGAUAGCGGCGUUUGAGAAACGGAUCAGUGAGCUGGAACUAAAGAACAGCGGUACUCCAUUGACCGAAACGGCUUUAGCACAGAAAGAUGCAGCCGUGAACUCGGAAACCAAGCCCGAGGAGAAUGUCAUCAAAGAAAACAACGAGCCGCAGAACAAGGAAAAAAACGAAAGCGACGAUCCUCGAGUCAAGAUCAUAAUUAGCAGAAUCGACCCAGAGACUGGUGAGCCUAUUGAAGAGGACAGCAAAGUGAAGACGUCCAAAGACACAAAGGAACAAUUUGCAUUCAUACUGAAAAAGAAUGUCUACGACAAUAAAGGUGGCGGGGAUCGAGAAGAAAACAGCUCAGAGAUUGAGAUAAUCAGUCCUGGUCUCUGGAAUCUGUUGAAAGAGAAACUGGGGCACUACCCCUACCACAUUUUUCAAGGAAGCGCCCCAUCGACCUUGCAAUCUCCAUAUGAGUACUUUGUAUAUGACUUCGACGAGCUCCAAGAGACAGCCAACAAAGAUUCGGUCGAUGCUAAGGACCGGGAAGCGCGCCAAGACCUUGCAAAGCUAUUGAAGAUUAUCUCGAACGAGACUUCCGGCGACGCGAACCUUGAUAAAUACUUCAAGGCGAGAAUGAAUUCGGCCAAGGCGUCCAGAGAUAAUCAACCAAAACCCGAGACAGUUCAGUUCAUGAAUUUAUGGACUAUAUUCCCACCAGGAACACUAGUCUACGGAAAGCCUUUCCAGAACCAAGACCAAGUAUUCCUGGUUCGGGAUAUCCAGCUCACUUGGCCAAUAAAACAUGGAAGAGAACAGACUUACUCCCCUUGGAAGCUUUCAGCCUGGUCGUACGACUGGAAAGAUGGCCGCUUCAUUCGCACCGAAUACACUCUCCAAUUUGAAUACUUUGAAGGCCAUUCCCCCGUCUCUUCCCUUCCUUUUGCUCCUUUUGAUUCUGUCCCAAAUCGUGAUUCCAUCAAAGAAAAUCUCGUUUUACGAGGCAAGCGAUUUCGUAAAAUCUGUGAGGCUGAGGAGGAAGGUCGUUUAUUUGAAUACAGAGGCCAAGCAAUCCGAGAGCAGAAAGGGUUUUCAGGAAUGAAAAACGACGAAGAGAGUAGUCAUGACGGGGAUUACGGAUCCAGGAGCUAUCACAGCAUCUUCCAACGUUUACUGUUCGGACCUCGGCUAGGCUUGUCAAACGUCAUACCGACUGCAAAGUCUGACGAUAUCAACAGCAGAGUCAUGGUGGACUAUAGUUCAUACUUCCAGUACGGUCCUGCUGACGGUCGAAACGGAGCUUUAGAACCCACCAACUCGGAAGCACCUUGUGGCUGUUUGAAUUGUCAGACCAAUAGCGGACUGAUCGAGCGUUCCCGUGCUUGGCUCGACGAUCUAAAGUAUUCUAAUGCAAAGGAAUGGAAAGAAGAACAAUAUCUCCUCUGCCCUCCGCGGGUAUUGGGAUACAUAUUGAAGGAAAAACACUGGGCGCAAUUCCAGGUCACACAGCUGAUUGAUCUUCCGUCAUACAGGAAAGAAGAAACGGAGGAACAAUUCUCCCGCCUCCGGCUUGCAGAUGAUCUCGACGACAAAAAAAGGGCUGGUCUCAAGAAAAAGGAUACGAGCACAAAACGACUGAUAUACGACUUGGUCCAGUCCCACGCCUCAUCUGCACACAAAGAUGACGACGAUGAGCAAAAAGAUAAGCUGGAAAUUGACGACAUAAUCCCCGACAAGGGGAAAGGACUCAUCAUUCUUCUGUAUGGCCCUCCUGGGGUUGGAAAAACGUCGACCGCCGAAGUUGUUGCACGUGCUACCGGCAAACCGCUUUUCUCUGUCAGCGUCGCCGACGUAGGCACUCAAGCCAAGCAUGUGGAAUCAAAUCUUUCUCGGAUAUUUACUCUGGCGACCAGAUGGAAGGCUAUCCUGCUGCUAGACGAAGCCGAUGUUUUUCUCGAAACUCGAUCGACCGGAAAGCGAGUGCAGUCAGCUGACAAAAAUGCUUUGGUCUCAGUCUUUCUCCGCGUUCUGGAGUAUUACCACGGUAUCAUGUUCCUCACCACCAACAAUAUUGCCACGUUCGAUAUCGCUAUACCCUCCCGUGUGCAUGUGGCCAUCAAAUAUGACAGCCUCAACGUCGAUCAGAUGAAAGCUAUAUUCAAGGGAUUCCUUGACAAGCUGAACGAAAACAACGCGGUAGACGACUACGACGAGAUCAUGGACACUUGGUUCGAUGAGAACAUACGCAAGGCGCAGUUUGAUGGACGCCAGAUCCGCAAUACAGUUACCGUGGCGCUAGGUCUGGCGCGCGCCUCACGAGACAAUAAUUUGAGCAACAAUAGCUUGAGCAACGGGAAGCUCACUCAAGACCAUCUGAAAAUGGCGUUUGAGAACGUCAAAAACUUCCAAAGCGAGUUCCGUUCGCAGAUGCAGAGGUAUAUUGAUGACCAAGGUGGUAUGGUGAAAUAA